AAUUGAAAUAUCUGGCGUAUAAAACAUCAUCAAUCAUUCAUACAUAGCUCCUUCCAGAGGGAGUGUUCAAUAGUAGUACCAAUUUAUACACAAUCAAUCUUUGAAACGAUGUCGUUAGUACCUAUGAACGAGGAUCAACGCGUCAACAAUUCAUUAGAUACAAAUCCCCUAUCUCUAUGGGAUCCAGUCAUGAAUUUUCACUUCCCACUCCCUUCACCCAUUUCCAGUUUGUUCCCUGAAUUCAACUUCGGAUCAUCCCUAAACACUCGUCUUGAUUGGAGAGAAACACCCAGAUCCCACGUUUGGAAGAUUGUGCUUCCUGGUUUCACCAACGAAGAUGUGUUGGUUGAACUUCAAGAGGAAAGGAUGUUGCAGGUUAGUGUUGAAAGUGGUAAUUUCAUGAGUAGGUUCAAGAUUCCUGAUGAUGGUAAUCUUCAAGAGCUUAAAGCUAAUAUGAUUAAUGGUGUUCUUGUUGUUACUGUUCCAAAGCUUCAACAAUGUUCUGGUUCUGCUGGGAGGAAUAUUAGGGUUGUUGAAAUUGAGGGCAGUGACUGAAUAAUGUGUGUCUGUUCUGUUUUUUUUUCCUUAAAGUGAAAUCUAGAUUAAACUAAGUUUAUGUCUAUUUCAUAUCAUAAUAUGUAUAUGUAUAUGUAUAAGUGUGUAGUGUGUUAUUGUAGUGUGUGCUAUGCUCUAUCUAUGUUAAGUGUGUCUAUUUCAUAUCAUAAUAAUAAUAAUAAUAUGUAAUGUAUAUGUUUUUGUUAAACUAUGUUAUGUUAUGUUAUGGAUGCAUAUAUUGUAUAUCUACAUUAUAAAUGUCUGAAUAUAUUUGUAGCGGUUAAAUAAUUGGAAUGAAUUGGUUUUGUUUCAUAUUA